UUGCUGUGUCGUUGAAAAGAAGGGGCAUGGCGUUUUCAACUCAUUUUUAGUUGUAGCGAUGGCUAUGAACUUAUAUAGAGUUGUUUGUAUAGAGAAGACGAAGCAAGUGGAUAGAAUGAUACCAAGUAAGAGGAAAGGAAUAAUACUGGAGUUGAAACCAGGACCUUCUGCCUGCGAAUCAGAACCGGAAGCUUUAUCCACCAACAAACCCGUCCGUUUACCUUUGACUCUCACUAGCGAUAGAUAACAGAAGUCGUGAAAUCCAAAAAUGUACCGGUAUACUGUUAGACUCUAGAAGAACGGCAGUCAAAUGUGAUUCGAUUCCUUAUCAAGUAUGGAUCCCCACUAUGUACAAUUUUUCGCGAUUCAGACCAUGUUCGAUGAAGACUUGCAGACACUUGACGUAUGCGUAUCAGAGCGACGCGUGCCUUGGAUGAUCCUGGCGAUAGAACAAGCUAUUUUCGACUGUAUCCAAAGAUAUCUUUAAGCUUAUCUGUUCAUAAAAAUGUCUAUAUUUCAAAAGGGGAAACACAUUCGAUCAAAGUCCGCGGACAAUGCUUCCCACUAGACGGCAUCACAGGAAGUACUGAAUCACUUAAAAAUAUGCUAGAUAUCUUAUCGCCAUUUCUCAUUUACUAAUCGUGCGAUAAACAAAUCUUAAUUGAUUGCUAAACAUAAUCCACAGCACCGUGCACAGUGGAUUCAUCUUCACCUAGUCGUUGAGUGCGUUGGAUAAAGUUAGUCAUAUGCACCUCAAUGCUAAUCCAGGCAUUUUAUCUGUCCCAACGAUAAAUAUACUACAGAAGAUAAGUUCAUUCAUGAAUCGUCUGCUGUUCGCCGAGACUUUGGCUGCAAACUCAGCUCCCAUUGGUUUUUGAACCUCUCGGUACACCACCGUAUAUCUCAUUACGUAUUCUUUGAUUGAUUAUAAUUAUCGCGUAGGUCGAAACCGGUUUGGGGGUUCGUAAUCCCCUCUGCGGUUAAGUUGUACGGAUUGAACUGACUGUUUUGGCUUCCGUAAAGCUUUGCACCUUCCUCCAGGGGGCGAUGGAAAACUCACAAGCACACACUAUCUUAUCAAUCUCCCAUUUCGACUGCCGGUUUCCAUAAAUUUAUACAACAAUUGGGUCCGUGAAUCAUUAGUGCUCUAGUGACCGUGGUGUUGAGUUGAGCGGAAACGCUGCUUCCGAUUGGAACUCGUGGGAAGGACAAGGUCGGCAAAAUGUGGUCAACUUGGCUACUUCCAUUGACCCUGCUGAGCAGUGGCACAGUUCCGGUAGAAAAGGUUGAACACCAGCAGACGAACGGUAGCCGCCACGGGUUUCGAAACGUGGAGAUCAGUGUCGAGGAAAUCCUGCUGUUGAACCGGCAUUUCGUGGACUAUCUGGCGGCGAUAGAAGGCCAAACUGUUCAGGGUCCUAGCGAUCGACAGUGUGCGAUCACCUUGCAGCAGUUGGCCGUGGGUUAUCUGGAUCGUGACAGGAUCGGGUUGGAGUGGUUCGAUUCCUGGGGAAAGAUUCCGUCCGGAUUGUACCAUGAAAAUGGUAACGCACUGGGAAACGUUGAUCAGUGCCGUGGGAUUGAGCAAAUCCGGAUGCAGCAUUGUACAUUCAUCGGAGCGUUUCCAAGUGGUAUGGCACCGUUGUUUUCGGGAUUGUGUGUUCCACAUUCCUGUAGUCCGGACUUUGUACAGCAGCUGUAUGGAGAUUACUUGAACAGCCAAGGAGGCAUGGUGGUACCGAUGUUCGAGCAGGAGUCGCUGUGUAUUAGGGAUGAAGAAGUGCGGUACGAUGGAGCCAUGAUUACAGCCAUUGUCAUCAGCUCCAUUAUAGGCCUGUGUGUUUUGAGCAGCACGCUGUACGAGCUGAUCCUACUAGCAAUGAAGCGUGAGAUCAAUCCAUUGUACAGUUCAUUCUCCUUACUGGGAAACGUGAGAAGCAUUCUACACCUGGUGCCACGAGUCAAAAGCGCACAGCAGAAAUCCAGUAUGAUCGAGUGUGCCCACGGCAUCCGAUCACUGUCCAUGAUCUGGAUCAUAGUGCUUCACGUACACGACAUGUCGAACACCGUGCCGUGGGAGAACGAUCCUGCGCGGGUGGAAUAUCUCAGAGGUUUCUGGGCUUCCUUGCUGCAUUACAGCGGCAUGUUGGCCGUGGACACUUUCCUCGUGCUCAGUGGAAUGCUGGUGGCGAUGAGCAUGCUAAGGGAGCUGGACAAAAAGGGCAAGAUCAACCCGUUGAUGUUGUAUCUGCAUCGUUACAUCCGUAUAACGGCUCCGUUAGCUGCACUUAUCCUGUUUGUGGUUUCUUUCGCGGUUUACAUGGGAGAAGGUGUUUUCUGGAAAGUGAACUUCGAUUUUCUGAAGUCAGGCUGCUUGGAGAAUAGGUGGGCUGCUCUCCUGCACAUUCAGAACUACGUGGACCCUCAGAAUAUGUGCUUGCCAUGGACGUGGUAUCUUUCCGUGGAUAUGCAGCUGUACAUCAUCGCACCGACCCUAAUCUACCCGCUGUGGCGAUACGGGAAGCGAGUACUGUUCGUCAUCGGCGGGCUUGCCGUACUAUCGAUGGCAUGCGUACUGACCACCUUCCUCGUCAACGAAUUUCGGCUGAGCUUCUUCGCCCCGGUCAUAGAUAUUCGAAGGUAUACGCUAACCUACUACGCAACGCACGCCCGAAUGGCCGUUUGGCUGUGGGGACUUGGCUUCGGAUACAUUCUUCACAAGACCAAGGAGACCGGAGUUAAUCUGCCCAAACGGUACUGGAUUGCCGGAUGGGUCGCCUGCUUUACUCUGCUGGGGUUGAUCAUCUUCUCCAACUACCAGUUCCACACCACAAAUGUCGACGAUUUUUCGCACGUGAUCGACGCUUUCUACGAACCGCUGUCUCGGUCUGUAUUCGCAGUCUGUGUAAUGUGGAUAAUCCUGGCCUGUGUGAACGGCAAGGGUGGCUUACUGGAUGAGUUCUUGGGAGCUUCCAUGUGGCAACCGCUGUCGCGAUUAUCGUUCACCAUGUACCUGCUGCAUAUUUUGCUGCUGGUGAUGGCCUCGGUUGCACCGUCCAAAACUAGCGCUUAUUUCAGCGUGAUCGAUAUGUUUUACCGGAUAUGGGGAGCCAUUGGAUUGACGACCGGUGUAACGCUGUUGUGGAGUGCUAUCUUCGAAGUUCCGUUCGGUACGCUUGAUAGGUUACUUUUGCGGAGCUGAGUGUUGUCAUUAGUUAAACGGACGGAAAGUGAUAUUAAACUUUGAAUAUGUACCAACAGAACAAAUGCUCUUAGUUUUUUUAAACUCAUAGAGAUAAUAUGAUAUUUUUUCUGUAUCUUACACAAUUAACUUGUUGUAAUAUAAUAACACGAGCCCACCAAUAUGUAUGCAGAAUUAGACCAAGUAAUUAAAUUAUU